AAUAAAAGCAAAAGUGUUUGUGUCCACACAUUUGGAACUGUAAAACAGUUGUAGUAUCAUCGGCUACAUAUUCUUACAGUAUAAUUUUCGUGUUUAUCAUACAAGUGGUAUGAACUACUCAAAAGCUCCGUAACAAAUUUGUCAGUCAAGGAUUUUUAUUUUAAAACGAUAACAGGAAAUACCUUUUAAAACAAUGACACUUGGCAAAAUAUGGAGCGUCAUUGUCUCAAUGUACAUUUUUCAAAUUUCACUUUGCAGCUUGGUUAAAAAUAACCUCGCAUAAUUGCUUUCUCGGUGGCCUAACGGUACAUCUCCCACGGACAUAAGCCAACAUGUAUCUUUUAAUUUGACAGGGGUUUACGUUAGCUAGCCACAUAUAGCCACGGAUGAACCUAGGCUUCUAACAAGCCUAGCUAAAGAACUAGCUAACUACAAUUAGCGUCAUAAUGUCUUCAUCUACUUUCACCACGGUGUUCACUGUGGUUUAUAACGUUUGUGCCACUUGGAAAGACAAAAGUUGAACCCCUCCUCGACUUUCUCAGAGAGCCCAACAGAGCCUGUCCUCCGUGAUGUGGCUGUGCAUUGCUGUUUUCCUGCUGUGGAUGAGGUCAGGAGGAUGCUCAGAGAAGGCCAACACAUCAGAACUAAUAGAAUACACAGCUGCAGACUUCUAUGAGAAAUUGCAUUCUGGGAAGAUGAUGUUUAUCUAUUUCGAACAUCACGUCUCUCCAACCAUCUCCCUCUUCUUGGUGGAGUUGGAGAAGUCUGCUGACGCUCUGCAGGAUUAUGGGGUACUGGUUGGAAAGGUUAACUGCAAUAAAGAGCUGGUUCAGGCAUACUGCACGGAAGAAAGGGAGCGUCACACAGCGUUUCUGUUCAGGGCUGGUAAGGAGUUCUUGGGUUUCGAUCUGGACACUGUGUUUGACGUCAACUCUAUAGUCUCUGAAGUCCUGUUUGCCAUUCUGCGUGAAGAGGUGAAGUACGUCCACACAGACACUGACCUGCUGGCCAUGGAGAAGGCAGCCAGAGGGAAGAAGGACAUCGUGCUGGGUUACGUGCGCAGUCUGGGAACACAAGAGCACAGAUCGAUGAUGGAGACAGCGUAUGUGUACGGAUCCAAAUACCAGUUCAUCCUCAUUACUGGAGGCCCCGUUUUGAAGCACUUAGGUGUUGAUGAGUUGUCCCACUCGUCUCAAGUGUGGUUCCUCCACUGCAGAGCUCACAGUGGGCUCACGACCUCCCUGAGCUCUGAGCGCUGCCCUCUGACCCGUAUGAGGAAACCUCUGUCCACCCUCAGCCUGCACUCCUUCCUGCAGCUCAUGGAGGCUCCACUAGUGUCUGAGGUUUACGACGACCCCUCCUCGGUCCAGCCCCCUCAGUUCCCCUACCAGCUGACCCCCCAGGUCUUCCUGUUCUCUCGUCCUGCAACCAAGCAGCAAGACCUGGACACGGCCACCACUCUGGCCUGGAGGCUCCGGGGCCUCGCCCUGCUGGUGCUCGUACACAGGCAGAGUCCUGCAGUGAAAACCUCCGGAGAAUAUAACGCUGCUUACAGGCUGCCUGAGAAGAGUUCAGAGGUGAAAUAUUUGACCUUACACGACCAUGAUGAGGUGUUGGAGCUCUUCACAAAUCAAGAGGAAGAGGACGAAGAGGAGGACGAGGGGUGGCUGGAGGACGAGGAGGUGGAUUCACAUUUUACCAAGCUGGACGAUGAAAUUGCUGCGUCUGUCUACGAGAACCGAGGCAACUUUCCGGACAUGGACUCAAUUACCCAACUGACCUCUGACAACUUCCACACGGCAGUAACUCAAAGCAGCCUGACAGUGGCGCUCUUCUACCUCAAAUGGGAUGCUGUUUCCAUGGCUUUCCUCAACUCCUUCAUUGAAGUCUCAGAGAGACUUGCAGAUUCUGAGGUCCAGAUGAGCACGGUCGACUGUGGAGAGUGGACUGACCUCUGUGCUGCUCAGCCCGGCAGAUCCCUCCCGAUCCCAUUCCAGCCAAUCACAGCCUUCCCCAGCGUCCUGCUGCUUCGCCCCCAGGAGUCGGCGCGGCAUUACAGAGGCAUGCUGGGUAGUGAGGCGCUGCAUCGCUUCAUAAUGCUGAGCCACCCAGAUUCUCCCGUGCUACUGUCUACCAAAGAGGAAGUGACAUCAUUCCUUCAGGAAGUGCCUCACCCGGAGCUAGCAGGCUACAAUCCUGACCGAGUGCUGGGACUGUUUAAGACGCAAGCACACGCAGGUGUGCCACUGUUUACUGAAGCCGCAAAGUCGCUGAGAGGAGAGGUGCUGACUGCACUGCUGACACAUGGGCUGGCAGAGAAAUGGGCGGGAGAGCACGCCGUGGUGCUUCCUGCAGUGUUGGUGUUUCCAUCUUGGAGGACUCGCACUCCUCCCUCCACGCUGCCCGUGUCCACCUCUGCUGAAGAGCUGCUGUCACACAUCCACUCUGCACUGCUGCAUCCACUGCCUGAGCUGACGGUGGAAAACCUGCCGUCCUUCCUCUCCCUGGGUAAAGCCCUCCUCCUCCUCUUUGUGGGAGAGGAGGAGGACGAGAUCGGGCGGAGGCAGAACCAGGCGCUGGUGGAGGAGAUGAGAGGAGUGGUGGAGUUGGGAGGGGUGAGGAUGCAGCGAUACUUGGCCUGCUGGAUCCACCUUGGUCGUACUCCAGCUGGUAUGUCUGUCCUGGGGGCAUACCUGGGCUCCAUGCCCCCCCUCCCUGCUCUGGUCCUCAGUCAUUUGCCCUCUGGAUGUGAGAUCUAUCAGUACCCCCCCAACACGCCCAUACUGGCCUCCUCUGUGCUGCAGUGGCUGCAGAGGAUCGAGGACGGCGCUGAGUCAGCAGCAGGGAUGUUGGGCGAGGAUAGCUGGCCCCCCGCUGUCGAGUUCCUUGACUUCCUGAAAAUAAUGGAUAUGCAGGAACCCGACUCCGCCCAGCAGCAAACUCCUGAAGAGGAAGAGGAGGAGGAGGAGGAGGAAGAGGGGAAUAAGGAAGAAGAUGAGGUGGUAGAAAAAGCGGCGGAUUCCUCCCGCAGCUCUCCUGACAAUAAUCCACACUCUGAACUGUAACAGAGCAGGACGCUAAGUCAUUGAUUAAACAUGUUUUUCUAUUCA